AAUAAGGACAUCGUACAAAUCCUCGUAGAUCAGGGUGCCGAUGUCAAUUUGAAAACUAUAUUUGGCUGGACACUGCUCAAUCGUGCUACGCGAGCAGGACUGAAAGAAAUUUGCAGGUUGCUACUCGAAAGAGGAGUUGACGUGGAUGCCAAAGACAACUGGGGAAGAACGGCAAUGCAGCUAGCCAUUGAGGAGAGACAUGAAGACAUUGUACAAAUUCUCGUAGACCAGGGUGCCAAUGUCAACUUGAAAACUGAAGAAGGCAAGACACCGCUUCAUUUUGCUGCGCGACAAGGAGUAGAGAAUGUUUGCUGGUUGCUACUCGAGAGACGAGCUUACGUGAAUGCCAAAGACAAAUAUGGAUUCUCGGCGCUGGCUGAAGCCAUUGAGGGGAGACACACUGGUAUUGUCAAAAUCCUCGUGGAUCAGGGUGCCUAUGUCAACUUGGAAUUAGGAAGGGGCAAGACACUGCUCCAUUUUGCUACGCGAGGAAGACUAGAACGAAUCUGCUGGUUGUUAAUCAAAGGAGGAGCUAAC